AUGCUUGAUCCUGCCCAUGAGGAUGCAAUUCUCGAUAUCGUUCGUCAUAAGCCGACACUCAAGCACCUUGGGCUUUCGGGGCGCUUCGCCAAUCACGUUCAAAGUUCCAACGUCGACCGCACCAGCAUGUCAUACCCGCUAUGGAAUAUAUCUAACCUGACAGCCUUAUGCCUACUUGGGGAUGCUUGGGUAAAGCCGGGAAACGCUGCACACGUUAGCCACAUGUUCAAGCUAUCGCUGCCAGGGCUUGAGUACCUGGAAAUCCCUCUAGAAUUCCAUAACCUCGCGAAAUGCAAGUUCCCCCGCCUCAAGAAGCUGAAACUGUCGCUCCAGUCUGGCGGUACGUCUUCGAUUGAUGAGUCACGUGCACAGUUCCUGGAGAACCAUCCAACCAUCGAGGAAUUGACUUGGUUCCCGAUUGGCAUUCCCAACCUCGCUCCUGGAAGCUUGCCCAUCUUGAAGCGCUUGAGGACGAGCCUACAGGUAGUCAUCACGCUUGAUCAGCUUUCACAAGAUCAAGUUAUACAAGUCGAGAAACUGGAUAAUCAGGCUUCACCAGAAUGCAUGACGUUUUCAAUGCCAACGCAAGCGCCAGAUCCCCCCGUCCUCCACCCAUUGGAAUGUCUCGAUGUGCGUUCCGUCGACGCUCAGACCUUGGCAAGCUUCAAGACCUUUGAUCGGAUGAGUCUUCGUAGACUCAGAUUACACAUGUUGGGAGAUCUGCAAUCGAUCCAUCAGCUCGCAGAGUUCUUCCCCAACAUCACUUGGCUUUCCUUACCCGCCGUCCACCUCCCCAAAGACACUAUCCAUCCAGCUAAUGUGAAACUCAUACAUAACCCCCAAAUCAUCGUCAUCCAUCCAUGA